AUGGAUCAGGAAGACGAAUUCAAGCCUCAGUUUAAGAUAGAUCCCGAUGAUUUACCAAAAAUACACAAAAAAUGCAACCACAACCGUCCACACACCAGGGUACGUACCCUCGCGGCUCGAACCCAAUCGAUACCACCCCGUCACCAGGGAGAUUUGAUAGAUGAUAUUUCUAUCGACAGUCCACAUGCAUCACCAGAGAAAACAAAUCCGUCUACGUCAGGGGUUCAAACAUUAGAGAGAGACAGCAUGAGAAGACAUGACGAUGAAACCCACAACGGGAAAGAGAAGGAGAAUGAAGGGUCUAUAUCAGAUUGGGUCUCCGGUGGACCGAUCGGGUCUAAAGGAGCGGUGCUCGUGUUCAGAUCCUGUGUCCUCGCGACAAGAACGCCAUCUGUUGAGUCCACAACUAAAACAGUCGGCAAUAACACCGGCACAACGAUACUACUAAACAAAGCGAAGAAUAUGGCUAGAAGAUUGGUAGCAGAACCCCACGCGUUCAGCGUCCGGCCGAAGAACAUAAUGCACGACGUGAUGGAAACAUUUGGUAAUACCAACAAAUACACAGGACAGGCGUUCGUAGUGAGGCAUGUGAGUGAAGCUGAGGUGCCAGAGACUAUGUCCGUGGACGACCAGGGCCACGAGCGAACGGAACACAAGAGAGAUAUAGACGACGUGCUCAAUGAUUUGAAUAAAAUUACGCUUAAGAAGAAUCUCAAUAUAGAAAAUACAACGGCCAAUAUAAAACCACCCGACGAACCUAUGUCUGUUAAUAAGGAUAAAGAAGAUAAGAAAGGCAAGAAGAGUAAAGGCAAGAACAAACGUAAGAACACGCACAACCAAAGAACAUUGUCACCGGCGUUGGACAGCGAUGACUCCGAACACAUGCUUGUUAAAGAAGUAGACAGUGUUAAGGUCUUAGAUAGUAAUAAUAUGCCAGCAAGGAUGCUCAAGAUUACAUACAGACUGGUCAACACGGAGACCAAGCUGUUACAUAGACUUCUACAAGCUCACGGUCUGCAAGAAGCAUCCUCUGAAGCGAAGGAUUUCAAUCUGAUGUGGGCGGGGCUUCAUCCCAAACCUGAUGUGUUGAGGUCGCUCACACCCUACCAACGUGUCAAUCAUUUCCCUAGGUCCUACGAACUAACUAGAAAAGACAAACUGUUUAAGAACAUAGAAAAGAUGCAGUACUUCCGUGGUCUGAAACACUUUGACUUCAUCCCCACCACUUUUCUAAUGCCCAACGAGUAUAAAGAGCUGUGCACCACACACUACAGAACCAAAGGACCUUGGAUAGUCAAACCUGCCGCGUCGAGUAGAGGGCGGGGCAUUUAUAUUGUUAAUACGCCUGAACAAAUACCAAAGGGUGAAAAUGUAGUAGUAGCCAAAUAUAUAGACAAGCCACUCCUAAUCGGUGGUCAUAAGUGCGAUCUCAGACUGUAUGUAUGCGUCACAUCUAUUGACCCGUUACUGAUAUAUCUAUACGAGGAGGGGUUGGUGAGAUUCGCGACCGUCAAAUACGAUAAGACGAACAAAAACCUGUGGAACCCGUGCAUGCAUCUGUGUAACUACAGCAUUAAUAAAUAUCACACAGAUUAUAUCAAGUGUGACGAUCCGAAUGCUGGCAACAUUGGUCAUAAGUGGACAUUAUCAGCUUUAUUGCGACAUUUGAGGAAGCAAGGUCGGAAUACUUCAGCGUUGAUGGCAGCCAUUGAAGAUUUAGUCGUGAAGUCUAUAUUAUCAUCAGCGCAAACCAUCACAGCGGCUGCUAGAGUGUUCGUUCCCAGCCUUUUCAAUUGCUUCGAACUGUUCGGAUACGACAUCCUCGUGGACGACAUGCUGAAGCCCUGGCUGUUGGAGAUAAACCUAUCACCGAGCCUCGCGUGUGAGAGUCCUUUGGAUGCGAGAGUGAAGUCAGCUUUACUGGCGGAUACACUUACGCUGGUUGGUUUACCAGCUGUUCCUGGCAACAGACAAGAACAACUUGGACCUCAAGCGACCUCCUUGAAGAUGAGGAUCGGAGCCUGUCGCCGCGUGCAUUCCGCCGAGAACGCAUGCGUGAGGAACAAGAGUGGGGGCGCGGGCGCGGGCGCGGGGCCUCUGGGGAGCCUGCUGACGGGCGAGGAGCUGAGGAUAGUGCGCGCGGUGAGGGCGCAGUACGCGAGGAGGGGGGGCUUCGUGAGGAUCUUCCCCUCACAGAACAGCUGGCAGAAAUACUCGCAGUAUUUGGACCCAGUGACCGGCAUCCCCGUCUGUUCGACGUCUCUGAACAACAACACUCCCUACACCGUCAUACAUAACUACAACCUGCUGGUUCACUCGCACGUGCUGCCUCACUUCCAACACGCGACCGUCGCUACCAGCCUUACUGACACGCCAGAGAGAUUGAAGCGCUAUGAAGCAGCCUGUAUAGCGGGUGCUGCGCCCCCCGUGCAGCUGUCCGAGCCGGCGACCCCCGCGCCCAGAGACGCGAGGAGGGCGAAGGAUCUGGUCAAGAGACAACUGGCUGAGGGAAUGACGCUCACUCGAGGCGAGGUCCGUCGCGCGUUCGGCAUGUACCUGACGCACGUGUUAAAGCGCAUCUCGUCCCCGUGCACGGAGCAGGGCGCACAGCACGCGGCGCUGGUGCUGCGCUUCCUGCGGCGAGCGUCCGCCUCGCUCCGCAUGCCUUAUAAUGUAAAGAUGUGUGACAAGGACCGGUGUGCGGUGAUCGCUAAACAACUGAACGACUUCCUGUACAUGUACUACAGAGAGACGGACCUCUACACCGACAGCGAGGACAAGGCGGGCUGCGUCUCUAACAUACACUUCGCGCAGUUCCUAUACUCCGCCAGCGAGGCGGACCUCGAGGACGUGUUGUUACUGCUGCUACGUAUGGAGAACUACGUGGCCACGUUCCUUGGAGACGGAAGGUCGAGCACCUUCUGUGUGGACGUACCGCCUUCAAGAAGACCGCUCGACCCGCCCAGACACACGCUACUGAGACACCUCGCCGCACUAGCUCACGUCAACUGUAGGAAGUAUAGACCGGAAACUGAAACUUCCAGUCGUUCGGAAGCGGAAGAGCCGUCAUCAACGGACUCGGUGCCUCCUCCGCCCUUCACCAGCUCCGACGUGAUGCUGAAGGAUUCGCUUAAAGAAGAGAAACCGCACAACCUAGCGCUGAAGUAUGCGAGGUCAUAG